AUGUCUAAAACAAUUUUGUCAUCAAUCUAUCGUUCUCUUGACUCAUUACAUUUUCUUUCUAAAAAUUCCUCCUUACCAUCUUGCACCGCAAAGUUGUCACCUAAGUUUCCACAAAAACUUCUACCAUACUUCUUUAUUUCUACACAACAGUAUGCAACAAAAUUUAAAACUUACUAUAAAGAUGAUAAAUUUCACAAACCCUACGAUAAUAUAGGUAAAGGUAACCCAGCGAUAAGACCAAAACAACCUUUGGGACCUGAUGGCAAAGAUGCAGAUAUAAGGUAUAAAGAAGGAAAAAGUCGACGUUACAGAAUAAAUUUUGAGGAGAAUUAUGUUAACGCUAGUAAAAGUUUAUUAGAAGAUUUUCCUCAAUGGUUGUUAGGCCUCAGGCUACAAAAAUAUACCAGUUGUUUCAAUGGAAUGAAAUGGCAAGAAAUAAUUCAUUUUGAUGAUGAAAAAUUACAAAAGUUAGGAGUAAAUACAAUUGGAGCUAGAAAAAAAUUUUUGAAAACAUUUGAGGUGGUUAAACAUAGCCUUAAUGAAAAGUAA